AUGGACUCCAGGAGGAGCAACGACGAGAACCGUCGUCUGCACAUCUCACGCCUCAAGCGUGAGAUGGACCGCGCACGAUACCAGCCAUUUGGCUCUCCCCCUUCCUCUGCCGGCUCGCAUGACACCGUCAGUACGACGGUCGGCUAUUCAUCUACAUUCUCCUUCGAGCCCGAAGGCGAGUCGACUCCACGAAAGCUCGACGAGGAUAUUCUGCCGCGCCACCGACGUGCUGCUGGUAGAACUGGCCGAUUUGGCCAUUCAAAACCCGCGUAUACCGUCGAGACCUCCAAGCUAGAUCGCUUCUUCCCCGAGUGGUCGCGAAACAUUGCCGUUCCGGACAACGGCACCAACAGAGGCAGAAUCACCGAUGCCCUCGAAGCCAAAGAAAACAUUCCCCCAACAAUCGGACAAAAGACACCAGAAUCACACUAUCAUCGCGUCCCGCGAGAUCGAGCAGGCAUGCAGCCCACCGUCGAAAACGAGUCUGACUGCUCAGUGCUCUCACACACUCCUGCCAACGCGUUGUCCACGCGCCGCUCCUCUAGAUUCAGUCGUCCUCAAGUUGGCUACUCAUCGGGCUCACCACAAGGAUCAAACAAGUCUGCUCUCGGCAAGCUUUCCUCCAACAUUCGAGUUGCUCAUGCCAAGGAAAGUGCAGCAGACAAGUACAUGGCAGAUCUAGCGUCGAAGCAACGUCAUGUGGAAACAGCCAUGACCGACGAGCCAAGACUGAUGACACCUCCCCAGCAGUCCUCUCCACUAGUACUAAGAUCAAUGCAUUCUAGUAAUCAUCAAAUCAUGAACAUGAGCGGUAUGACUGCGAAUCAGACUGCCCGCUCAUUCUUCAUGCCGCAUUUCAACCACCUUCACGACUUGGUCUCUGGCACGCUGAGGCUUAGCACCGGUGCACACGGAGCUCCCGUCUUUGUUAAGAAUGGCAAAGCUCAUAUUCGUCCACAGGAGCCAAUUGUAGAGCAUGCUGAUGUUCGGGCCAUCGAUCUUCCUGCCGAGGAGCAACAGAUCUUCGUGUCUCUGGAUAAGGUCCGAGAGGAGGUUGCAGCUCUCAAGGAGCACGAUGAAAUGCUCCAGAAAGAAGCCGAGAAACUUGAGCGAGAAGUCGAUGACCUGCAGCUCGAGAUUCAAGAACUGAGAUCCCAGAAGUUGUCAGACAGUGCUAUUGGCUCUGAUUCUGAUCAGGCUGCAAACGAGCGUCUCAAUACUCAAAUUCAGAGUAAGAACUUGGUUACAAAUGUCUAUCCUAGGAUGAUCGACUCUGACCGCAAUCUAGAAUCCCGAAAUCUGCAGGAGCGCCUCGAUGAAGCCUAUCGUACCAUCAAGGUCCAUGAGCUUCAUAAUACUUCUCUAUCCGCAGAACGCGAUGCAGCACUGCAGAAGCUUGGCAAUGCAAUGGAUGCAUCUAAGAAGCUUCAGGCAGAGCUUGACUCGUUGAAAGACGAAGCCAAUGUCAUCAAAACCUACCGCCGCGAGAGGGAGACGCUGCAGCUUGAGAACAAGUCUUUGCUCUCUAACAACAAUUCCCUUCGCGAGCAGCAUGAGUUUCUCGCCACUGAGAAUGUGGCUCUUCGUCAAGAGCAAGAGUCCAUCGCGUCCGAGAACAUGGCUCUCCGCCAGGAACAGGUGUCACUCUUAUCGGAAACUAGAACUCUCCGUGCAACAAACAAGACACUGACAACCCAGCACGACUCUCUUCGUCAAAGCCACAUUACGACACAGCAGGAGUUAGAGGAUGCCCGAAAGGAAAUAAUUGACCUUCGCGACGAGCUGGCAUCCAUCCGCACUGAGCACCAAACUCUAAUGGAACAGCAUGCGAUGGUGUCCCAAGACCAUGGUGGCCUUGAGCGCAGCAACGAGCACUAUUUCCUCGAGAACAAAAACUUGAAGUCCAAAAUCAGUCUUCUUGAGCAGCGCAAUCAAGCUCUUCAGCAGUCAAUCGCCACAAGAGAUCAGGUCAUCGAAUUGCUGCAGAAUGAUCCAACAAGAGCAACCAACAUGACAGAGCAAAGCCUUCCUGAGCAAGUUCGGCCAGCUGCUCCGGAGGAUACUGCUGAGUUGCCGCAAAAUGAUCCCACUCAGCAAACCGAAGCGAUGGAGGAGGAACCACCUCAAGAAGAUGAUGCCGAUAAUGACUCGGCCGACGAAAAUAUGACCUCGGCUUUCUUCAUCCCUGAUAUCACCAUGGAGACUGAGAAAGAAACCACUGGAAAUCCUACUGUCGCAUCUACCAAUGACGCCCGUCGAGUUGUGUUUGCUGAGGACACUAUUGAAAGCCAGAAGACUGAACGUAAUGGCACGAGGAACAUGGGUCCUUCACUGUCUCAGCCAGCACGUCGCGUGUUCCACGACCUGUGUAAGCAUAAGAGCAAGAACUGCAGCGUGUGCGCAAGACUCUCGACCGAAACUAAACAUGUCACCUCGACCAUAACAUCUAAGACAACUACUCAAAGCAACCUCAAGACGGCUAUGAAGUCGGGUCACAGUAUCAGAGAAUCAAGAAAGACGGUUGGCAUAGUGCCGAGACCGAUACCGGUCACUGACCGUAUCCCACAGCCGACGGGCGAAUAUGAGGAUGAGCCUACUAUGAGGCCGGCCAAGUCGCCAGGCCACGCCCUUGCUAUUGUCAUUAAGGGGCUUGAGGACGAGAUUCAGCAUUUACAAGCUGCUGCAAUGAGCGCACAGGCUCGUUACAACUCAUUGGAUAAGUCGGCCGGCCGUCGGGAUCGGAAGGAGCUGGCCGGGGAAAUCGUCGCCUUGCAGCAUCAGUUGGAGAUCAAGAGUGAUCAAGUAUACCGCCUGUACGAUGUUCUAGAAGGUCAGAAGAUGUCGGGUCAAGCGAUGACGGAAGAUGAGAUUGAGGCCACGAUUGUAACGAUUGUUUCGGUCUAA